CUUGCACAAGAUACUGGUCGUUUAUGGUAGCGAUGAUUUGUUGAAUGUGUAGUAUUGAUAAAAUUAGUUUUAUAAGGUGAAGAACUCAGAGAUACGGCUUCGCAGUUUUCUGUAAGAGUUACAAUAGUGAAGAUGGUAACAGCCCUGGUGUCACUUGGGUUGCUCCUGCUUUGUCAAAGCAGUCUGUCAGUACCUACUCCGUCCUUCUCAUUCGGUGGUCCAGUUCCUGGCAUCUCUGGACCCAUCAAUCUUCACCUCUCAGGUCCAGCCGCAGAACCUGAUCCAGAAGCUGAGCCAAAAGCAGAAUCUUAUCCAGAAGCUCUGCCUCUGCCUUCAGCUCACCCUGCUGCUGAAGCUAACCCAGAACCUAUUGCACUAGCCCUUGCUGAAGCGGAAGCGGUUCCUGAUGCUGAACCAGAGUCUUCCCGCAUCAGUCGGUCACAUAGCCUCGGAGUUCGUGGGCCUCAUGCAUCACCUGUAGCCCUUCCCGAGCCAUUAGCGCUUCCAGCUGCAGAGGCUCUUCCAAGUCUUUCUGCUCACCAUGGACCAAUGCCUGCUGCCUUCCCUCUCCCAGUCCCCCAUCCUGAAGCACAUCCAAAUCCAUCAGCAUAUCUAAAUCCUUCAGCUCAUCCUGGCCCAAUACCGUCAGCUCAUGCUCUUCCUUCAGCUUUCGCUGAACCUCACUCAGGUCCAAGUCCAUCAGCUUAUGCACUUCCAGCUGCUUAUCCUGAAGCCCAUCCAAGUCCUUUAGCACAUCCUGGUCCUAUACCAUCAGCUCUUGCUCUACCUUCUGCAUAUCCAGAAGCAUAUCCUCUUCCUCUACCAUCAGCUCAUGCCCUAGCUUCUGCACAUCCAGAAGCACAUCCAAAUCCUUCAGCACAUGCUGUACCUCUAGCAUCAGCUCAUCCUCUCCCUGUAGCUUUCCCAGAAGCACAUCCAAAUCUGAAUCCAGUUGCUCAUCCCGGACCCAUACCCAUAGCAAUCCCUCAUCCUAUUUCUUAUCCUGAGGCUCAUCCAGGACCUCUUUCAUCUGCCUUCCCUCUGCCUAUAGCUUACCCAGAAGCUCAUGCUGGAGCACUGCCUGUUCCACACCCUCUCCCGGUUGCUCAUCCAGAUCCCAAUCCUGCUCCAGCUGAAAAUACAAUCUACCAUUUCUGAUCAUGGUCUCACCAUAAUUGACUUUGUAUAGGAAACAAAUUGUAACAUAUCAUGGAUAUCUAUAUUGCUUAUACUGUUUUGUAUGAAUGUAAUAAUUAUUUUAUUACAAGAA